CAUUUGGACCGAAGAAGCUGGCAAGACAAUUAAAGAUGGCUAAAUCCAACAUGUUUGCUUAUUUUGAAAAUUUCCCAGGGAUUUGCACAAAGGAGCGCUAAUUUGGAGUGUUUAAAACAGUUAACAGGGACACAAUGUAAGUCAACAUAAGAUGGUCGAUAACCUUCCUGCGAACAUCUCCUUGCCGCUGCUUGGUAUUGGAGCAUUAUCUCUUAUCCUUAGUCUGAUAUUCUGCUGUUACAUGUGGAGAUUGAGAUGGAAGGCAAAACAAGAACAAGGAUAUAGGAGGGUUAGAUUUAACAGUAGAAAAAAGGCAGCAAAUGAGACAUGCCCAGUUUGUUUAGAAGAUUUUGAACUGAAAGAGUACAUAGCUGUUUGCCGAUGUACCCACUGCUUUCACAUGAAAUGUCUUCUUGAUUGGUUACACCAUAAAAACAUGUGUCCAAUGUGCAAGGCUCCGGUUCAGUCUGGCUGUGUCACCGAGAGGACUGGUUUGGUGUCUUUGCCUAUACCUCCAAGAAAUAUCCCGGCUCAAGUGAACCAUGUGUGAUAUUAUGUUCAUAAACUAUGGUUAUUUUAAAAAUCAUUUGAAUUUUGUGUAUAUUUUGUGAUUAAUAGCAAUUGUAUGGGCAGUUUUAUUUAUAUCUCUCACUAAGUUGAGGUAGAUAGUUUUGAUUUUCCUCUAUUUGGUUUUUUGUUAGUUCUGGAUUGUUUUAUGUUUAUGUCAACCCUUGAGGUGCCUAUUAGUUAUCUUUCUGUGUAAGAUUAUUCACUCAGUUUUUCAUUAAGUGUUUUAUAUAUACAUGACUUUUGCAUGAUAUAGAUGUAGCUUGUUCAGUAUGGAUAAUAUGGUACAAUGUAUAUGCUGUUAUAGUCAACUGUUUUGGAGUUUGAAAAGUUAAUUUUUGUGUACAUUUAUGUACAUGUAUCUACAUACAUGGCAUUCUAGGCAUUAUGUACAGGUAUUUUCUGUUUAUGCUUCAGUGGUGAUCUCCAAAUUUUACACCAUUGUGUACUGAUAUUGAGUACUGUAUUUAAUGGUUACUUGAGUUGACAAAUUACAUUUUUUUUGCACCUUAUUAAACAAUAAUUACACCAUGUAUAGCAGCCCAGAAGUUUUCUGUUAUUUGAUAUACAGUAUAUGUAAAUAUUAUGUUUACAUUUCCAAUAUGACAUUCUUAACCAUCAGAACAUAUACAUGUAGUUAUAUAUAUACAUGUACAUACAUUUUACAAAAAUUAUGUCUUCCAUGUUCCAACAUAUUUUUAUUGAUCGUACACGUGCAUUUGCUGAGAUCACAAGCUUUAACAAUUAACUGACAAAAUAGCUAGUUCAUUUAUAGAAUUAAUUUACGAGUUCAAAUUAUUUACUUCUUUUUAUUAAUUUAACAAUUAUUAUGACAUUUGACACCAUAUAUAGUCAGAAUGUUUAAGAAGUGCCAUUCAUGCAAAUUUUGGGAUUGAUUUAUACAUGUAUAUGUAAUAGUUCAUAUACCAUUUUGUGAUACCAUUAAUGAUCAGAUGCACAGGUACUGUGAAAUCACUAACUUUCGCUGGGGUUUAAUUUUUGUUGUUUAUGGUAAAAGGAGACCCAUAAAUUCAUUCCCCAUGAAAUGUAAAAUUUCAAAUACUUCUUGUAAAACAAGUUUGGAUAAACAAAACAUUUAGAAUAUAUGUUUAGUAUUUUUUGUAUAUUUUUCUUUGAAUUAUACAAGAAUUUUCAUCAAUUGGUAUCUUUUCAAAACCCCUGGUAAUGCAUGCUAAAUUUUUGUCUACCAACAUCUGAUGGCAUUAUAAUCUUAAAUUAAGAAUAUCUUGAAAAAUUAUCAGUAGGUAAGGUACGUUGCAUAUGUCCUUAAACCACGAAAAAUUUGACCCCGUGAAAAAUAUAUGAUUUUACAGUAUUAGUUAUUGUCAUUAGUACUACAUUGUAUAUGCACAGUAUCUUAUGUAUCCUAAUUGAUCAUUGAUUUACUUUACAUGAUUUAUAAUUAAUUUUGCUGAGAAUGUUGAGAAUUUUUAUAAAUUAUUUGUCUUUUUGGACUGUAUAUGCACAGUAUCUUAUGUAUCCUAAUUGAUCAUUGAAAGGUGCUCCAAAUUUCUAAGGAUUCACUGAUCUUAAUUAAUAGAGUCAAUAUUUUACAGUUAUUUGUUUCAUAUUAAGAUUAUUUAUUUUUUUGCACGGGGUGAUAGUCACUUUAAAUUGGCUUAUUUUCACAGUAGAAGUGGUGUGUAGAUAAGGUAGUUCUGAGCUCUCUUUUUCUCGCAGCAGCCACAAAAAAAUUAUUAUGUUUAAUCGUACUAUGAUGAUCUGUAGAUAGUGUAAGCAUAGAAAAUAAUUGAACUUUUUGAUGAAGUAUUCAUGACAACUAAACUGAAGAAGGAGCUAUGACAACAAAUAUUUUGUUAAGGUGGAAAGGAAAUUACUGUAGUCUUGCCAGUAUACAUAAAUACAUUUCCUGUAGCUUCAGAUAAAUUUUUUUCAUACAAAAAAUAAAUAGACAGUGAAAGAUAGAUAUUCUUUUGCAGUAAAAUUUUAUAGGUUUUUUUUUGUUGUUGUUGUUGUUGAAGUAAUUGCUAGAAAGUUUGUUUUUUCAUCACUUUGCUUCCAGAUAUUUAACAGACUACAUAUAUUGUACUGGGGAAAAUUCUAUAUCAGACUCUUUUUUGAUGUAGCCAUUUACAAUGAAAAUGAUUUUAUUAUAUUAGAUGAAAUUGUGAGGUUAG